AUGGUGCAGAAGUCGCGCAACGGUGGCGUGUACCCCGGCACUAGCGGGGAGAAGAAGCUCAAGGUGGGCUUCGUGGGGCUGGACCCCGGCGCGCCCGACUCCACUCGCGACGGCGCGCUGCUCAUCGCGGGCUCCGAGGCCCCCAAGCGCGGCAGCGUUUUGAGCAAGCCGCGCGCGGGUGGCGCGGGAGCCGGGAAGCCCCCGAAGCGCAACGCCUUCUACCGCAAGCUGCAGAAUUUCCUCUACAACGUGCUGGAGCGGCCCCGCGGCUGGGCGUUCAUUUACCACGCCUACGUGUUUCUCUUGGUCUUCUCCUGCCUUGUGCUUUCUGUAUUUUCCACCAUCAAGGAGUACGAGAAGAGCUCAGAGGGGGCCCUCUACAUCUUGGAAAUCGUGACCAUCGUGGUGUUUGGCGUUGAGUACUUUGUGAGGAUUUGGGCUGCGGGCUGCUGCUGCCGGUAUCGAGGCUGGAGGGGCAGGCUCAAGUUUGCCAGGAAGCCGUUCUGUGUGAUUGAUAUCAUGGUGCUGAUUGCGUCCAUUGCUGUGCUGGCUGCCGGCUCCCAGGGAAAUGUCUUUGCCACAUCCGCACUUCGGAGCCUGCGGUUCCUGCAAAUCUUACGUAUGAUCCGUAUGGACCGGAGGGGUGGCACCUGGAAGCUCCUGGGAUCCGUGGUAUAUGCUCACAGCAAGGAACUGGUGACUGCCUGGUACAUCGGAUUCCUCUGCCUCAUCCUGGCUUCCUUUCUGGUGUAUUUGGCAGAGAAGGGUGAGAAUGACCACUUUGACACCUAUGCAGAUGCACUCUGGUGGGGCCUGAUCACCCUGACGACCAUUGGCUACGGGGACAAGUACCCUCAGACCUGGAACGGGAGGCUGUUGGCCGCGACAUUUACCCUCAUUGGCGUCUCAUUCUUCGCCCUUCCUGCAGGCAUUUUGGGAUCUGGCUUUGCUCUGAAAGUCCAAGAGCAGCACCGGCAAAAACACUUUGAGAAGCGGCGGAACCCUGCAGCAGGUCUGAUCCAGUCUGCCUGGAGAUUCUAUGCGACUAACCUCUCACGCACCGACCUGCACUCCACAUGGCAGUAUUACGAGCGCACAGUCACUGUCCCCAUGUACAGCUCGCAAACUCAAACCUAUGGGGCCUCCAGACUCAUCCCACCUCUGAACCAGCUGGAGCUGCUGAGGAACCUGAAGAGCAAAUCCGGACUCACUUUCAGGAAGGAGCCACAACCAGAACCAUCACCAAGUCAGAAGGUCAGUUUGAAAGAUCGUGUCUUCUCCAGCCCCCGAGGCGUGGCUGCCAAGGGGAAGGGGUCUCCCCAGGCCCAGACGGUCCGGCGGUCCCCCAGUGCUGAUCAGAGUCUCGACGACAGCCCAAGCAAGGUGCCCAAGAGCUGGAGCUUUGGUGACCGCAGCCGUGCACGCCAGGCUUUCCGUAUCAAGGGUGCUGCAUCCCGGCAGAACUCAGAAGAAGCAAGCCUCCCCGGGGAAGACAUCGUGGAGGACAACAAGAGCUGUAACUGCGAGUUCGUGACCGAAGAUCUCACCCCUGGCCUCAAAGUCAGCAUCAGAGCUGUAUGUGUUAUGCGGUUCUUGGUGUCUAAGCGAAAGUUCAAAGAGAGUCUGCGCCCCUAUGACGUGAUGGAUGUCAUUGAACAGUACUCGGCUGGACACCUGGACAUGUUGUCCCGCAUCAAGAGCCUGCAGUCCAGGAUAGAUAUGAUUGUGGGCCCCCCACCCCCUUCAACUCCCCGGCACAAGAAGUACCCUACCAAAGGACCCACGGCCCCUUCGAGAGAGUCACCCCAGUACUCACCUAGAGUGGACCAGAUUGUGGGGCGGGGCCCAACAAUAACAGACAAGGACCGCACCAAAGGCCCAGCAGAGACGGAGCUGCCCGAAGACCCCAGCAUGAUGGGACGGCUUGGGAAGGUGGAGAAACAGGUCUUGUCCAUGGAAAAGAAGAUAGACUUUCUGGUGAGCAUCUAUACGCAGCGAAUGGGCAUCCCACCAGCAGAGACAGAGGCCUAUUUUGGGGCCAAGGAGCCUGAGCCGGCACCACCGUACCACAGUCCGGAGGACAGCCGUGAGCAUGCGGACAAGCAUGGCUGUAUCAUUAAGAUCGUCCGCUCCACCAGUUCUACAGGCCAGAGGAACUACGCUGCACCCCCAUCCAUGCCCCCUGCCCAGUGUCCUCCGUCCACCUCAUGGCAGCACAGCCACCAGCGCCACGGCACCUCCCCUGUGGGAGACCAUGGCUCACUGGUACGCAUCCCACCACCUCCUGCGCAUGAGCGGUCGCUGUCUGCCUACAGUGGGGGCAACCGGGCCAGUACCGAGUUCCUGAGGCUGGAGAGCGCCCCAGCCUGCAGGCCCCCUGAGGGUGCCCUGCGGGAUAGUGACACCUCCAUCUCCAUCCCAUCUGUGGACCACGAGGAGCUGGAGCGCUCUUUCAGUGGCUUCAGUAUCUCCCAGUCCAAGGAGAACCUGGAUGCUCUGGGCAGCUGUUACGCAGCCGUGGCGCCCUGUGCCAAGGUCAGGCCCUACAUCGCGGAGGGGGAGUCUGACACAGACUCAGACCUCUGCACACCAUGUGGGCCUCCCCCACGCUCUGCCACUGGCGAGGGCCCCUUUGGAGAUGUGGGUUGGGCGGGGCCCAGGAAGUGA